AUGCCAAAGGUCAAGCACCUGGCUUGGCGUGCCAUUCAUGGGGGUUUAGCAGUGAAGAUACAAUUAGCACAUCGAGGUUUGGAUGUUGAUGUUAUGUGCCCACUCUGUGGGGAGGGAGAGGAAAAUAUUACUCCUUUGUUUAUGGGUUGUGCGGAGGUGAAUAGAAUAUGGUAUUACUCUCCACUUAGGCUGAAUGUGGAGGAAAUAAAGGGAGUGUACAUUGGUGAAUGGUGUGGUAAGCUCCAAGAAAUUCAUAACGAGAAGGAGUGGUGGGAGAUUUUUUGGAAUGUGUUGUGGAGUAUAUGGUAUAGAAGUAACAAGUGGGUGUUUGAGGCGAAGAAAAUAGAAGUGUCGAAGGUGAUUCAUAGCUCGAUGGGGAGGGCAGGAGACUAUGUGCAAGCUAAUGAGAGAAAGAGGAGAAGCAUUGAGGAGCAGCUGCAUUGUAGCACGUGGAAGCUGCCACCUGAGGGAACUGUCAAGAUGAACUCCGAUGCUGCCACUUUCAAAGACAAUUGUAUAGGGGUUGGUGGUGUCGCUCGAGAUAAUGUAGGUGAUGUGGUGAUGGCAACGUGCUGCAAGAUAAGGGGGAGUUUUGCUGUUGAGGUGGCCGAAGCAAUGGGAAUGCGCCACGCUCUAAAGAUUGCAAUGGAAGCGGGUUCAAGGGAUGGAAAUAGAGUAGCACAUAAUUUAGCAAAGGUGAGUGAAAAUGUAUUUGAAGAGUUAGUAUGGUUGGAGGAAUAUCCUCCGGAAAUUGGUAGUGUUGUACUCGAAGAUUUGCAGCAUUUGAAAUAA